CCAACGUAAAAUGGUAUUUUGUCUUUGCCUUAUUACACUCUUCUUUACAGUGUCAGGGUCCUCUGGUGUGGAGUGGCAGAUGUGGGUGCCUGGCCAGGUGAACAGCACGGAGAGGUACAAUGUCAUCCUGCCCUGCACCUUCACUCACCCUGACCAGGACUCCUACUCAGGUCGGAUACGCGUCCAGUGGAAGACAGACCAACAUCGAUACGCUGAUCCCUUCUUCCAGUGUACAGCGAUAAACAGCACGUUGCUGGUAAGUGGAGACAAGGAGGACUACAACUGUUCUGUGGCAGCGGGUCGCUUCUCCCUCAGAGGUGACCCUCGGCGUGGGGACCUCUCCCUGCUCAUCAGGGACGCGUGGCUCAAUGACACCCGAGUCUACUUCUGCCGGGUGGAGCUGGACGGAGUUGGUCAAAACUAUCAGUCUAAAUCUGGAAUCAAACUCAGCGUCACGGCUCCGGCCCGGAUCCUCAGCCUCUUCCAAAAUCCCUUCCCUCAUAACCACUCUCUGGAGUGCCUGGCAGUGGGGAACCCUCUCCCACAGCUCACCUGGCUCUCCUCCUCCUCCUCCUCCAGUGCCCCAGUGCCUGCCAGCGUGAAAACGGACCCACACGACCCAUACACGGUCAGAAGCGUCGCUACCAUCACCAGCCUGGAGGAGGAGGAGGUUUACACCUGCCGUGCGGAGAAUGCGUUGGGUUCCCAGGAGAGGGUGUUUCCCCCUAGUAAAGGGCCCGCUGCUCUGACUGUGGGGCUGGGGACCCUGGCUGGCCUGCUGCUGUUGGUGGUAGCUGGUCUCCUGGCUGUCUUGAUGUGGAAGAGGAGGAGGAGGAGGAGGAGAGGAGCUUCUCAGAAAGAAGAGACACAGCUUUCCCCAAUUCGAGAAAUACAGAAUAACUUGCCGGACACAGAUCCUGACAUCUAUGCAAACUGCCCAAAGAAAGAUGGCAACCAGGAGCUACUUUAUGCUGACAUCAACCACAGUUCACCAAACUCAGGUGCCGCACUCCUGCCACAAAGCACAGUAGAGAAUGAUAUAAUUUAUUCUGACGUGAACUCAGUGGAUGUUGGCUGUUUAGCAAACUGACUGGUUGCUUUGAGACUUAUACAGUCAGAGAGGAGUCGACUCACCAGUGAACAUACUGAUGUAAUAACAUGUUAUGAUUAGUUUAUUAACACUACUUACUAAUAGCCUUGCUGUACUGUAGAAAAUAUACUUGGCUGUAAGUGAUUAUGGACAGUCCAAAAUAAUGUGAUACCCUAGUACAUUUCAGCAUUUUGUCAUUUGUGAUAAUUGUGUGAUUUGUGAUACUGUGUUUUUGUCACUAUGGCCCAUUCACUACGCUACAACAUAUGGAGCUUACCAACUUUAAGGCAGACCUAGUUGCAAAAAGCAACGUGGCAAAAAGCAGAAAUACAGAAACACAUGCCAGGCAAGGCAAGAAACACAGGAAAUAGCCUACAAUAGGAUGUAGCACUUCAACCAAAUAGGAGUGAGGUGAUGGCAGACUGCUGGUGUCAUAUAUCAGGCUUGAAAAGCAGGCCAGCCAUACCCCACUCCAUGGGCAAAUGGUGAAAUAAACACAUUCACCAGUUUGUCUCAUCUCAUCUCAUCUCAUCUAUUUAUUAAAUACCUGUAUCAUGGAACUGCACAUACAGUAUUUAUGUGCUAACUCAAGAGUAAUUAAUGUUUUUACACAUGCACCAAUCUAUUACAUGUUACCACUA